AUGCUAGGGCUAGCUGUGGAAAAUUCCCACACACGAUUUCGUUCUCAUCAGUUACCAACUUGGAUUCUUGAGUAUCUCAGACAACAUCCAACCGACACCAUGGCCAAGUCAAAGAACAGCUCGCAGCACAACCAGCAGCGCAAGGCUCACCGUAAUGGUAUCACGAAGCCCAAGACCUCGAGAUACCCUUCGCUCAAGGGUGUUGACCCCAAGUUCCGUCGCAACCACCGACAUGCUCUUCACGGCAACGCCAAGGCCUUGAAGGAGGCCAAGGAAGGCAAGCGCGAAAAUGUUUGA